UAUGUGAGCUUUGAAGUUGCCAUACACAGAUACACAUCAUAUAUUUAUAAGAAAGCGAGAAUAUGGCGAGGUUGUUGCAUUUUUCCGGUAAAUUAUCUCGUUUUGCAAAGUAAAUAAAAAAAAAGCGGCUUUCAAAAGAGCGCGAAACUUAAAAUCACCAACAAAAUGGCGGAAUUUGAAAGAAGUUGAAAGACGUUUUCUUCAAGAAAAAUGGCAAGUUAUAGCCGUGAAACUCCAACAAAUCACAAAAGACAAUUUUCCAAAACAAAACUGAAACGACCUUUCAAGUCUCCUAUGAUGACAGAAGCCAAGAGUUCUGGAAAAAAUGAAAAAGCACAACAAUCAGACAUUGACAUUUUAAAAGAAAAAAUCACCAUUGUUGAGGAUGAAAUAAAUGGAAUAGGAAUUGAAUAUUCAGAAGAUGAACUGCAAUUGCAUAUUGAUAGACUUCAUGAAUACAAUGACAUAAAGGAUCUUGGACAGCUUUUACUUGGAAAAUUAGCUGAAUGCCAGGGAAAAACUACCAAAAUGUUGUACGAAGAGUAUGGUCUUGAUGUCAAUGAUUGAUAAAGUAUCAAAGGUAAUCAUUCAGGGAGAGAGGCAGUGUUUUAUUUUGAAUGUCGACUACAUGCUUAAAAUAACAGUGUGAAUGCAAAAAAGGACUGGUGCUAGUUGCUAUAUGAAAAAGGACUGGUGCUAGUUGUCAUAUGAAAAAGACUGGUGUUAGUUGUCAUAUGAAAAGGACUGGUGCAAGUUGUCAUAUGAAAAGGACUGUACUAAUUCAUUCAUUCUGCUACCAAUUCCCAAUCCCCAUCUCUGAUCCAUGCAUAACAUAGAGAGACAUGAUUUUGAGCAGUUUUUUGCAAAAUUAAUCACAAAACCUCGUAGAUAUGAUUUAAGUGAAUAUAUUUAUCAAAAAGUUGCAUGAACAUAUUAUUUAGUAAGUAUGAAUCCAUUCUGGAUGAAUUACAAAAUGACGUUGAUAAAUCUUUGAUGGUAAAUCAAACAAUGCACUAGAAUUAUUGACAUUAACACAAGGAUAUUCACGCAUAUGAUGCCAUGUUUUUAAAUUAUUUCCUUUUUGUUUUUUGCUCAUAAAUGAUUGGAUUUCUUUUGUA